CCUCAGCCACCAUGUCUUUGAGAGAGGCCCAAGCUGACGUCAAGGAGGAGCUUCAGAACCUAUACAGCACCCUUGGCUCGACCGUCCACAACCUCUGCAACCUCUUUGUGACUUAUGGAGAGGUUUUUGAAGCCAACCAGGACGAACUUGGCGACCGAUACGCCACAUACAACGACGAUGCGGCAAACAUCAUCCAGCGGUUACUCAAGACGUUCGGGAUGCUCGAUAAAUUCGAUUUGCGGUACCGCGAGCUCGAAAGCCUUGACGAAAUGCGCUCCAUCUACUUCCAACUCGUGAAGUUUGCGCUCCCCGACGUGAUCAUGCGCGCAGAUGCGCUUUUGAUGAGAUUUGAGACGGAGCUAUGCGCCGCAAAUCUCCACAAGAUAGUCUCGUGUCGUGCACAGCAGAACUGUGCGCAGAUGGUGCGCGCGUUGAAUGACAGCAUCGGUAUCUUGAGCGAAAGCGCGACGCUCGCUGACUGCGACUUGCUCCAGCUCCGCGGUAAUUUGCGUAUGGUGCAUCGCGUGCUGAGCGCGUUGUGCUCACGUGUCUCGGUGUUGGCGCUCUCCAAUAGGCCGUCGCACAUCGAAUUCCGCGCAAUGUUGGGCACCGCUGCGUCCAUGGACUUUCCGUCGUACAACGCGUACUUCGAGGCGCGGCAGCGCGCGACGAUGCGUGCGUGUAUCACCAUGCCCGGCAAAAAGGAGGUCCGCGCGGACUUGAACAACCAGUAUAACCACAUCUUCAUGGACGUGUUCAGCCAUGGCAAGUUUGCUAUUGACGUCGGACGUUUCUUAUUGGACACGCGCAUCAAGACUAACACCCCCGCUCGCAAUGCCAACAUCCCCGCGCGCAAGGCCGUCUACGGCGCGAUCCAAGAGUCUUUCCAGAUAUACGAGAAGAUUGCGUUGUCGCGCUUACACCAGCCGAGCAUCGACUCCAAGGAUCCUAUCAUUACCCUCGUGGGUGUGCUUUUGAAGCCCCUUGCGGCCAUCAACGAGUACAUUAUGGCUGUCAUGGAUGUCGGUGCCUCCCUCCCAGGGUUGAAGGUGUCGCGCACCGACUUUUCCAAAUUGAUCACCGAGCUCACAGACAUCCGCGACGUGCUUUCCGUGACCAAACUCCAGGUCUUGCUUGAAAACGCGUCGUACAUCUUGUACGCCAAGUUGUGCAAGGAUGAGUUUGUGCGUAUCACUAAGGUGAUGCUCCUCAACGCCAAGGGUAUGGGUCUCGAGGUCGAGGACGAGCUCAUGGAUAUUAUCAACCUGAAGGAGUCCUAUGGCUGCUGUUCUGAGCACCACCUGGGGCUUCGCCACCAGCUCAGCCACCAUCAUGAGGAUGACUCAGACGAUGAGUACCUCUUCGAUGAUAUAGAUUAGGGAGCGCCAAUUUUAUGACCUUGAUGAUUUAAUUUACGAUGGAUGCUAAUUAUAACAUGUAAAAUUGACAUUGAUCUUGGU